UUUAGAUGUUUGUAAAAAUGCUAUUAUAAUUUUAAUACUAGGAAUGAAUGUUACAGUUAAGGAAAAUAUGUUAAAUUCUGUGAAGAACUGCAUAUACUGCAGACCUGUUGAGAUAAAGGAACUCAGUCCAUUUUUCUUAAUAAAUCUUUUAAGUCCAGAAAGCUCUACAGAGAAUUGUGAGAAAAUAAUUGUUUUUGCUUUUUAGGUAUACAAAAGUAAUUUAAAACAGGAGUAGAUACUAUAGUUUCUUGUUGGUAGCUGCCUAUUUUAAGAAACAAAAUCUAUCGUUUUCAUAUCUAGUUACUCCUCCACUCGUUCUGUCUGAUCUUGUUCUAGUUUUACUAAUAUUUUACUUCCACAAAUUCUUGGAAAUAGAAUGGCUGAAGGUGGGAGUUUCACUGCAAUGCUCCUUCAUGGUUUUGGAGAAGAGAGUGUACUAGAGUCUUUGGCUACAGAGAGCAGGGGAUCUUUUAACUCUACAGUCUCAACCUCUGACCUCAAUCGUCUACACAUGACUAGCAUCGAUAGGACUGUUAUCUGUGCUGGCUGUGGAGAGCGUGUCUAUGAUCGUUACUUCCUAUUGGCUUUGGACAAACAGUGGCAUUCAGGGUGUCUACGCUGUAGCCUGUGCCAGUCCACCCUAGAUUCACAUCUUUCUUGUUUUUGUAAAGAUGGCACAAUUUACUGCAAGGAGGAUUAUUACAGGCAGUUUUGUGUGGAAAGAUGUGCUCGCUGUGGACUGGGAAUCCCUUCUUCUGAGCUUGUGAUGCGUGUUAGAGACUAUGUUUUCCAUUUGCGUUGUUUCAACUGCCAUUCCUGUGGAAGUGCUCUUCAUACCGGAGAUCUUUUUACAAUGCAGGGUUGUAGUCUUUUGUGUCAGAGGCACUGCAACUCUGCUCUCAGCCCCACAGAACACCCUCCCAAACCCAGGCUACGGAAGCGCAAGACUGUUAAUGUGGACAACGAGGAGAGAAGUCAAGUGGACCUGGUUCAGCAAGAGGAUUUUUUGGGUUGCAGAGACGCUCAUCUGACUAACCACCAAGGAGGAGGACUAGGAACCAAGACCAAGAGAAUCAGGACAUGUUUCAAAAAUCAUCAACUGCGCACUAUGGAGUCUUACUUUGCAGUGAAACACAACCCAGAUGGAAAGGACUGGGAACAACUGGCAAAGAAGACCGGUUUACCUAAAAGGGUUCUACAGGUUUGGUUUCAGAAUGCUCGGGCUAAACUGCGCAAGACGAUGUCCUCUGAAGACCCAUCAGAAGGCGAAGGUUCAGUAACGUCAACAACCAGCACUAUCGAUCCUUCUCAGAUCUCCUUCACUUCGACUUCUCCUCGGGAUCCUUCUCCAGUCUUGGAAUCGAUGGGACAGCCAGUCAGAAUGUCCAGUCCUUUUCUUUCAUUUCCAGAAUUUGCCAGCACCUAUUUAACCCAAUCUACACCAAUCAUGACUCCAAUUUUUCUGAACUUUGACCUUGGAGAGUCAACUCCUAGUAAUAUAGAUGACUCUGGGCCUGCAAGUUUUUUCUAGGUGAAAAUUACUUUUUAAAAUUCAUAUUUUAAAAUUUGUUAAUAUGAAAUAUAUUUUGCACUAUUGAAUUAACUGUUAAGAUUAUAUAGAACUAUGCAACAUUGAGAAUUUGCUUUCAUCUUUUAAACUUCAAAAAUAUCCAAAAGAAGAUAUCACACUCUUGAGUUAUUUGCUUAUAAAAGGUAGUUAACCCAAAAUCCAGAUUUUGCAUACACUUGUUGGUUUAAAUUUUAUGAUUCCAUUUGAAUAGUGCCAGAAGUAUGGGGUGAAAUAAAAACUGGCCAGGUGCUCUUAUACCUGAGAUCUCUGAAGAUUAACCAUGUCAUGCUUUUAUGCAAGCCUGUAUAUUACUGCCUUGAUUAAUUUAAAUAAAAUCCAAAUUGGUUAUCCGACCAAAUGACUGUAACUCUGAAUGGGGUCAGUUGAAUAGAAAAUGGAUGGAUAUGAACAGUAGUCGAUAAAGAGCCAGCAUAUCUAGCGCAAUAUACUGUGCAGUGAAAUUGAAAGCACUUCCCAGUAAAAUGUGAGUUGACAUAUGAACAGUUGCAUUAAAAAGUUCAAUUUGAGCGUUUUGCCUCAAUUUGAUGAAUCAAGGAGUGCGAUACAUUUCUUGAUUUCUGAUUAGUUUUCAGUUUUUUCCCCCACUUCAAACUUGAAGACAAGGUGAAGCCCGCUUUUGAAUAAAUGUUUACUGCAUGGUAAUAAACUAGUGUAAUAUGAAAUCAUAAUCUUGUGAUUUUUUUUUAAUUGCUGUAAGAGGAUUAUGAUGUGUCUUACCAGAGAGAAAUCUUGAAGUGCUAGCACUGCGCUUCAGAUAAUGAGGCUUUUACUGUAGUAUGGUAGACCUUGAGAUCUGAGUUUUACGUGUUCUUUGUAUUUUUUAAGUACACAUGGUAAAAGUUUACAGCAUUUUAUUAAUUUGUGCUGUUAUGAAUUUGUAUUCCGCUGUCAUACAAUUUUAAGAAGCCCCGUUUCUUUGUAAAUAGCCUGCCAGCCUCCCUUUCCCCAUACAGUUAUAUUGAUGGGUGGUAGGUUUCCAUUUUUGAUUAUUCUGGUAGAAGCUGUCUGCUGUUCACUCACUAGUGCCUCAUCAGUCCAUCCAUGCUGGUCUUAAUUUUAUCUGAUUAAUAUUAUGGACUAAUUUGUAAGGUACCCAUUAUAAGCAGUGAACAAAGAUUUUAUUAAGUAUCAAUAAUAAUAAUACGUUAAAAAAAAGACUCCUGAAAUUUGUUAUUGUCUUACUCUAUUUUACAUCAUGUUGUCUCAUUUUAUAACAACCUGAUAUGUCAAGCUAUUAUCACUAAUUUAUUUAUAACUAUCUGUCCCAAAAACAUAGUCAGUCAUUUUCCAACCUGCUAUAUCCUAAUUAUAGGGUCACGGGGGUCUGCUGGAGCCAAUUCCAGCCAA